AUUCAUUUUUAGGCUUUCCCUCCAAAAUCCCAAAUCGCUUCAAAUCCAAUUCCUCUCCCUCCAUUUUCUUUUCAAAAUUAUUCGAAAUCCACCUCCCAAAUUCUCAUGCUAUUUAUCUCCAAUGCCCAAUCCCUCUCUCACCACUGCCAACGUUUCUCCUUUUCCUCAAAUCCCCCAAAUUUCUAGCGUCCAUGGCUGCCUUUAGGUCCUCUGUGUCCUUGAGCUCCAUAGACGGAAAGCACAAAACAGCUGGUGAGAUUCAUGUCAUUGUGGGUCCAAUGUUUGCUGGAAAAACCACCUCUCUUCUCCGUCGCAUCAAGUCUGAAGGCAACAAUGGCAGAAAUGUGGCGAUGAUAAAAUCAAGCAAGGACACAAGAUAUGCUAAAGAUUCAGUGGUGACUCAUGAUGGGUUGAAAUUUCCUUGCUGGGCAUUGCCUGAUCUGGCUUCCUUUCAACAGAAGCUUGGGGAUGAUGCUUACCAAAAGGUUGAUGUCAUUGGUAUUGAUGAAGCUCAAUUUUUUGAAGACCUUUAUGAUUUCUGCUGCAAGGCUGCUGAUCAUGAUGGGAAAACUAUAAUUAUAGCAGGACUUGAUGGGGAUUAUUUGAGGAGGAGCUUUGGUUCUGUUCUUGACAUAAUUCCUCUUGCUGAUACUAUAACCAAGCUGACGGCAAGAUGUGAACUUUGUGGAAAACGAGCCUUCUUUUCCUUAAGGAAGACAGCAGAGACCCAGACAGAAUUGAUUGGUGGUGCUGAUGUCUAUAUGCCUGUGUGCCGCCAACACUAUGUUAAUGGACAAGUAGUGAUGGAAGCUGCAAGGAAUGUCCUGGAAUCAUGUAAAGUUCAGUCUGAAUCCCAAGCUGAUACUCCUGCUGCAGUUGUGUAGUUAAAUUUCUUACUCCUUAACAGGCUAAUAUUUAUCUUGGACUUAUUCUAUAAUUACUAUAGUUUUAUGCUAUGCUAAAUUUGGAACUUUUUGUGGUUUUCUUUGAACGUUUUUCAGCUUUUACUCUCAUUAUGUAUACCAUAUUUAGAAUGGCUUUCUCACAGAA